AUGUUUUUUACAACAAUAAUAACAAUUCAAAAAUCGUUUACUUCAAUUAAUCGUCAAUGUGCUGAGGAAUGUUCGAGAAAUUGUGAAUCAACUGGUUAUGGACAAGACCAAGUAAGCUGCACAGAUUGUUGUGAAGAAAAUAAUUGUAAUAGUAAUUUUACACUUGAAUAUUAUUAUUCUGUUAUGGGAAGGCAAUUCACAUCUUGGACACGUCCUGUAAAGAAUGAAGCUAAAUUUAAUGAGAAAAAUGGAUUAAAAUUUUUUUAUUAAAUAUUUUUUAAAUUAAAUUCUUUCUAGCUUAAAAUACUCGAAUUUGAGAUACUCUAAUCUAAUUCAAAUAAAUAUACACAAUUCAAUAAAGUUUAUUUUUAAUUAAGGUUUCGUUUAGGUUGGGAACAAGUUUGUUCAAGACAAGCUUGAAAGGUAAAAAACAAAUAAUUAUUUAUAUGGUUAAGGAAUGGCCGGAAGAAGGUUAGAUGAGAAGUUGUAAAACAGAUAAGAAAAUGAAUAUUAUUUAAAAUAAAUGAAAGGAAGUUUAAGAUCAAAAGAAAUGUAUGUUUUGAGGGAAUGUUUUGAAUGAGUUUGGGUAAGGUGAAGUCUUUUAACUGUUUUGUAAAUGUUUUUAAGGUAACUGUUUUAAUGUUUUGA